AUGCAUCUCUAUCAACAUUCAGCUCGAUGCCCAGUGGCAUUUCGUUUCUUUCUCGAAUGUAAUACAAAAUAUUGGUGUUUUGUUCCUCUACAUCGUGACGAAGCAUUGACAGAGAACGCUGUCUAUCAUCAUAGAAAUUCAACGAUUGUUUCAGAAUUAGUUGAGAAAAUGGGAAUGACUCCAAUAGAUAGUCGUCGAGUAGAUCAUUAUUUACAACACGUACCUAAGGCACCUACUGGCUAUGCAUUUUCUUAUGGACAAGUACAAAAGCAGCGUGAAUUUUUCGAAAAUUUUGUGUGUUCGGAUAUUCAUCAACUAUCAUACCAUACAAUAGAUUUAUAUAAAAUGGCUAUUAUUGCUGUUCUUCCUGAUGAUCGUUCGAUUCUACUACGAUGUAUGAUCGAAACAUUCUUCAUUAUUCAUGGCGGAACUAAAUUAAAUAUGAUUUGUCCAGUGGGUAGUGAUGUUGAAGAACGCUAUGGUCGUCCAUAUAAUAUGGUGUGGUGUUUGAAUUUGAAUCGUCUAUCAACGACAACUUCAACAGCCCUUUAA